AUGUCCGGUGCGGGUCGAUAUACUUCGGGGAAGCGUCGUAUCGAGACCGAUGUUAUGAGGCUGUUAAUGUCGGAUUACGAGGUCAAUCUCGUGAACGAUAACAUGCAAGAGUUCUAUGUUCGGUUCUAUGGACCCCCCGAGACUCCUUUCGCCGGAGGUGUAUGGAAGAUCCACGUUGAGCUGCCUGACCAGUACCCCUUCAAGUCGCCCAGUAUCGGGUUCAUGAACAAGAUAUUCCAUCCCAAUAUCGAUGAACUCAGUGGAUCGGUAUGCUUGGACGUGAUCAACCAGACUUGGUCUCCUAUGUUCGACAUGAUCAACAUCUUCGAGGUGUUCCUCCCGCAAUUGCUCCGCUACCCUAACCCCAACGACCCGCUGAAUGGUGAAGCUGCUGCGCUCUUGAUGCGGCAUCCGAAGGAGUACGACGCGCGGGUCAAAGAGUACGUACAGCGCUUUGCAACUAAGGAAGCUGCGGACUCCGCCGCUGGUGGUAAGAACGACGAGGACGAGGAUGCUGACGAGGAGAUGAGCGAAGUCGGUUCCAUAAGCGGGGAUGAAGCUUGA